CCCGGUGUUGGUCGUGUCAGCGGUGUCGUAGCUUGACGCAGCGGUGCUGUCGACAGCCUGCAGCCUCAGAAGAUAACACGGACUAAUUAAUCCCGGGUUUUAGAACCGUGCCGGACGAUGGUGGCCAAACAGAGGAUCCGGAUGGCCAACGAGAAACACAGCAAGAACAUCACGCAGAGAGGGAACGUGGCCAAGACGCUGCGACCACAAGAGGAGAAGUAUCCUGUGGGGCCUUGGCUGCUUGCCCUCUUUGUAUUUGUUGUGUGUGGAUCAGCCAUAUUUCAGAUCAUCCAGAGCAUCCGCAUGGGGAUGUGAUCCAGAAGGAGCCUCUGGACCUCCCCGUCCCCCCACUCCACCCACAUGCCCUCACUGAGCCUGGCUAGCCUGCACCUGCACACCCCUGACACCUUUCCAGAGGCCCAGAGACUGACACCAAAGCUGCAGAUCCAGCAGACCUCAGAGAGAGAGAGAAGCAUCCCCGACCACCUCCUCGGGACAUCUCCCCGCCCUUUGAUCAGCGUUUACAGUGUUGCAGUCUGUGGUACUGACAGCUUUUCUAUGGACAGUCUAAAACCACGCCGGCUGGAAAACAUGUGUGUCUCAUUACUCACUUGGCACCUUUGUGUGUGUUUGUGUGUGUGUAUAUGAAGGUGUGACUGUUUGUGUGAGAGUGUGUGUGCAGCCAGUGAUUCCUGCUGACAAUGUGCCAUAUCUGUAAUGUAAGUUAUAUGAGUAUUCGUCCGUGUUAUGUGAGAAGAAUCUUUUUUCAAAUAAAUGUUGAGCAUUUAGGAAGCGCCUAGUUAU